AUUACUUUAACAGUUACUUCAGCUACUUAAACUUAUCGGUGGAAGGAUGACCACGUCUGGAUUCAAUGAUCUGUCUGAAAACGAGCCCCUCCAGGCCACUGCAGAACAGCUUCUGGCGCUUAUCGAGUCCUUUAUUGAACUAGGAGUUCUUGUUCACGAUAAUCAGGGCACCCCCCAGUCCCAUACUGCUUUGACCCAUAAAACAAACCAGCUCAUCAGUCAGUUGUCUGGGCUCACUGCCAGUCCAUUCACCCAGCAGUACCCGAUCCCCAUCGAUGUCAUUAGCUAUAUUGAAGGGGGAAGAAACCCGGACAUUUACACUAGAGAGUUUGUUGAAGUGACGGCAAAGAGCAACGCUCGUUUGAAGGGUAAAAUGCAAGGAUUUCAAAAACUUAAGGAAGUCUUGAGUGACAAGCUCAAGGACGAGUUUCCUCGUUUGAAAGAUGGCAUUGACGAUGUGAACAGAAGAACUAAUCUUCCUAAUGAGUCCAAUGGCAAUUGAAUCAUAACUGGAAACACGCUCAAUCCCGGAAACACGCUCAAACCAUGAACGCAGGCCCCAAGCCUGAAGCCCUCUCGGUCGCUUAGAGGCUUCUGUAAGGCUCUACAGACUACCAAAUAGAGUACCCGUGCAAUCUUUUCUAGACCCCAGCCAGUCCUACCCCAACGACUCAAGCUCUUGUAUAAAUCUAUAUAACCCAUAUACACAAAUAAUGCAACCAGUUCGGU